AUGCAGAUUAUGGCUGGAAAGCUGUUUAAGAUCACACUGGUGGUUACAGUUUGCUUGAUGCUGCUGUGUUAUGAUCCUGCUGAUGCCUUUCCUGGUGCAGGCAACACCAACAAAAAAACGGUGAAGAGUUCUUCCAGUGGCAAAUCAAAACCGACCGCCCCUAGGCAUUCGCUAGGAUCAGCUGCAAGAGGUGGACUGAUGGGGGCAGGCGCGGGCGGUGCUAUAUUAACAGCUUUACUGUAA